UCUUAUCAAUCGAUUCGUCUGUCGAAUGUUUCAUGAAACUCUCUUGUCUAGAACUCGAACAUUUACAAAAAUGAGUGUGGGUGAUUGUUUGUGCGAAAUUCUGCAUUCGAAAUCAGCCAAUUCAACGAUUAUCAUGCCAGGUGAAAACAACGGAGUUAAAAGUGGUCCCGGAGAUGAGAAAAACAGCAAAUUCAUCCGAUUAUUUACAGUCGUAGCUUACGUUUGCAGCGUUUCCAUAGCAGCUGUUUUGCUUUCUUUGUACUAUUUCUUUAUCUGGAAUCCAACAACUUAUGAGAACAGUUUUCUAGCCAUGACUACCAAGAACACGUCUUACCUUUUCGGUCCGUCCCAUCCGGACGACAAGAGUAGUAGUAUGAAUGCGACUAGUCCUCUUUUACGGCCACUCCUUGGCAACUGCAGCGGCAGCAAUGACGCGCAAGGCAAUCUAACAUCGCAUUUGAUGCAAGACAAACCAUCUGCUGCUUUCUAA